AAAGUACCUGAAGGUAUUUCGGCGCAGUGUAAUUUGAAUAUUUAGAGUGAGUAACACGGUUGAACUUGCGCAGUGGAUAAACUAAGUUAGAAACCAAUAUGAAAGUGUCAUGCACCCUUGUAUUGGCGGUGCUGAUUGGCACCGCUUAUGCAGCACCUCGUUGGGAAGAGCUGAGCCAUCCACAGACAGCUGCCUUCAGUCAUAUCGACGACGUUCAACGCUGGCGACAAUAUCGAGAAGACCUCAAGGAAUUUUAUAAAAACAAGUACGCUGGGCUCAAAGAAGUUCAUGAACAAUUGAACCGGAGGAAUGAUUCGGAUGAAUCGCAGGAAGACGUGAGCGAUAAAUCUUCACUCGAAUCUAACGAGUCUGCUAAGAACUCACAUUCCGAGGAAUCCGUAGAAAAAGUGAAGUCAGUCGAAAAGUCAAGCUCACAUUCCGAAGAAGAUGAUACCGUAGAAGAUGAUUCUAGGGAGCGAUCAAAUUUUAAAGGAUCAUUGAGGAAUUUCCCGGUGAUUAAGAACAGCCCGGUAUUUCCGUUGCUUGACAAAAUUAUCGCAUCACACCGUCGAAGGCCUGAAAAUACCCACUCUCAGUCUGGUGGCUCACACGUAACUGAUAAUGCGGCAAAUGCUUUUGCACGGCCACCAAACGCUGACUCUGCAUCUACUACUGGAGCAGUACCCACAAAUUCGCAAUCCAGUUCCCAGGUAGUACAUGCCAGUGAAUCAGAUGCCUCUGCCCCAGCAUCAUCGCCUGUUUCUGCACCUGCAAUUGGGGUUAGCCCUGGAAACUCACAAUCGAGUUCAGUAAUUGCACCUGCUACCGGAUCGAGCGCUUCUACUGCUCCAUCAUCUGUGGCGUCUGGACAAAUUGGUGAAGUUAGUUCUGCUUCCUCAACGUCAUCUUCGGCAUCUUCAGCAGGAGAAACCGGCGCAUCAUUGGCAGGAGGUAGCGGUGCAGGAUCAAAAGAUGGUGACACCGGUGCUGCACCAGGAACUGAUGACAGUUCUUCCUCUUCCGUAUCAUUGGUAGCUCCUGAACCAGUUGUUGACGCAAGUGCUGGUACACCUGAAGCGUCACCAGCUUCUAAACCAGUCCCCAAUACUAGCUCUGACGCACCUGCUGCAUCGGUAACUUCCGAACCGUUUGAUGGCGCAAGUGCUGGUACAGCUGCAGCAUCACCAGCUUCUGAACCGGUCGCUGAUUCCAGUUCUGACACCUCUGCACCAUCGGUAAUUUCCGAACCGGUUGUUGACGCAAGUGCUGGCACAGCUGAAGUGUCACCAGCUUCUGAACCAGUUGCCGAUGCCAGGCCUGACGCCUCUGCACCAUCAGUAAUUCCUGAACCAAUCGUUGACGCAAGUGCUGGUACAGCUGAAGCGUCACCAGCUUCUGAACCAGUUGCCGAUACCAGUUCUGACACCUCUGCAGCAUCCGGAACUUCCAAACCAACUGUUGACGCAAGUGCUGACACAGCUGAAGCGACACCAGCUUCUGAACCGGUCGCUGAUGCCGGUUCUGACGGCUCUGCACCAUCGGUAAUUUCCGAACCGGUUGUUGAUGCAAAUGCUGACACAGCUGAAGCGUCACCAGCUUCUGAACCAGUUGCCGAUGCCAGUUCUGACACCUCUGCAGCACCCGCAACUUCCGAACCAACUGUUGACGCAAGUGCUGACACAGCUGAAGCGACACCAGCUUCUGAACCAGUUGCCGAUGCCAGUUCUGACACCUCUGCAGCACCCGCAACUUCCGAACCAACUGUUGACGCAAGUGCUGACACAGCUGAAGCGACACCAGCUUCUGAACCAGUUGCCGAUGCCAGGCCUGAUGCCUCUGCACAACCAGUAACUCCUGAACAGGUUAUUGGCGCAAGUGCUGACACAGCUGAAGUGUCACCAGCUUCUGAACCGGUUGCUGAUGCCAGUUCUGACGCCUCUGCAGCAUCCGUAACUUCCGAACCGAUCGUUGACGCAAGUGCUGACACAGCUGAAGCGCCUCCAGCUUCUGAACCGCUUGCUGAUGCCAGUUCUGGCGCCUCUGCACCAUCGGUAAUUUCCGAACCUGUUGUUGACGCAAAUGCUGACACAGCUGAAGUGUCACCAGCUUUUGAACCAGUUGCUGAUGCUAGUCCUGAUGCUGACAUUAACGCUGUUGUUUUUACAGCCGCGGUAGCUUCUGACCCUACAGCUGAUGCCAAUCGUACUACUUCUCCAUAAUUGAUAGUCCUGGAACCAGUUGCUGUCACCAGAUACUUGCCACGAAAUGAUCAUCAUCCGUUGCACGGGCAGCUGCUUUUAACUAAAUUGUUACACAACGCAUCUAACGCACAAUAACCAUACUUGGCUCUACCGUUAGUAUUUUCAAUGCAUCUUCCACAACCACUCUUAUACUCAGUACAACCAGUGUUAUGUCUAAUAUCCAAAUCAAUUUUUUUGGUACUAACAUUAUCGUGUUUCGAGUAACUGAUAUUGUAAGAGGGACCACUGCGACUGGAUUCGAUUCCUUUAUCGGAAGAAUAUCUUCGGUACGAACAUCUUUGAUUCCCAAACUAUAACUGUCGCUGACAUCUCAGAAAAAAUACGAGUGACGUCGCUAUUCCCAGUACGAUCAGACCUAGUUUACUAACAACCCAAUAUUCAAUCAGGUCCACUUCCAAUGGGAUCAUAGAAAUGAGAGCAGAAAUUUAAACCGAAUAAAUAGCAGACGUAUAAAUGCACGUAAUACUAAAUAUUUAGGUAUCAUCCCAUACGUGUAAUCAUCCCCAGGAACACAACUUUACCGCAUCGAUAAUGAGCUGAAUUUAAAAUAAAUAAUAGACCAGAAGUGAUGUUAAAUCGUGGUAAAAUCAUACUGUUAGUGUGGAAAUAUGUAUAUUCAUACGAUGAAAAUAUAUCCAACAAUUUAAAAAAUUGCAUAAUUAUCUGAAUUAUUGAUUCGAAACGCCUAAAUUUCAAUGCAAUCUUAGUAAUUCACUCGAUAAUAUGAGUGUUUCAAGUUAUUUGUAAAUGGUAUUCCCUAGUUUAUUUUCUUAACAUGAGUACAUUGUAGGUAUAAUACGGUUCUCGUUCGGUUUAACGGUAGCGUAAACUCAUCCGUACUAUUAUCUAAUUUAUCUACGAAAUGUAGUGACUACAGUACUUUAGCCAGUACAGAAAUAAAGCAUGUGUAUUAUCAAAUGA